ACCGAGCGGUGGCCGCGGCAGUAGCAGCAGCAGCCGCCGAGGGCCGGGCCCGCGCCAGCGCCUCCACAGUGCCUCAUCCCGCGGGGGGGGGGCUUCCUACCGCUCCCCCCUUCCCCCCUCGUCGUGGUUCCUCCCUUUUCUCCCACCCCCCUCAGCCUCCGGGCCCGGCAGCCGCCGCCGCAGCGAGGCCUCGCUCCUCGCCUGAGUCACCGCCGCCGCCAUGGCCGAGAGCGGCGAGAGCAGCGGCCCCCCGGGCCCCACCGCAGCCGACGUCGCCGUGACCCCGGCUGGCGAACCCAAGAUCAUCAAAGUCACUGUGAAGACCCCGAAGGAGAAGGAGGAGUUUGCGGUGCCCGAGACCAGCUCUGUCCAGCAGUUUAAGGAAAAAAUCUCCAAACGAUUCAAGUCCCAUCCUGAUCAACUUGUGUUAAUAUUUGCUGGAAAAAUUUUAAAAGAUCAAGAUACUUUGACCCAGCAUGGAAUACAUGAUGGACUUACUGUUCACCUUGUCAUAAAAACACAAAACAGACCUCAGGAUCAUCCAGUUCAGCAAACAAACACCACUGGAAGUAAUUCUACCACAUCAGCAUCUCCCAAUAGUAACUCCACACCAGUUUCUACAAAUAGUAACCCUUUUGGUUUAGGUGGCCUUGGAGGUCUUGCAGGUCUGAGUAGCUUGGGCUUGAAUACAUCCAACUUUUCUGAACUACAAAGUCAAAUGCAGCGGCAGCUCAUGUCUAAUCCGGAAAUGAUGGUCCAGAUUAUGGAAAAUCCCUUUGUUCAGAGCAUGCUUUCAAAUCCUGACUUGAUGAGACAAUUAAUUAUGGCCAAUCCUCAAAUGCAACAGUUAAUACAACGAAAUCCAGAGAUUAGUCACAUGAUUAAUAAUCCAGAUAUAAUGAGACAAACACUAGAACUUGCAAGAAAUCCAGCAAUGAUGCAGGAAAUGAUGAGAAAUCAAGACAGAGCCUUGAGUAAUCUUGAAAGUAUACCAGGCGGAUACAAUGCUUUGAGGCGUAUGUACACUGAUAUUCAGGAACCAAUGUUGAAUGCAGCACAAGAACAGUUUGGUGGUAAUCCUUUUGCUUCAUUGGUGAGCAAUUCACCCUCUGCUGAAGGCAGCCAGCCUUCUCGUACAGAAAAUAGAGAUCCUUUACCUAACCCAUGGGCUCCACAGUCUGGUACUCAGAGUUCAACAACCAGCAGUAACACCACUAGCAGUGUUGGUGGCACUGGGAGCAAUGUUAGCAAUAGCACUACCAACUCUACUGGACAAAGUAACACUCUGCCAAAUUUGGGACCUGGAGUGGGAGCUGGUAUGUUCAACACACCAGGAAUGCAGAGCUUAUUGCAGCAGAUAACUGAAAAUCCACAGCUUAUGCAGAACAUGCUAUCUGCACCCUACAUGAGGAGUAUGAUGCAGUCACUAAGCCAAAAUCCUGAUCUUGCUGCACAGAUGAUGCUGAAUAAUCCCCUAUUUGCUGGAAAUCCUCAGCUUCAAGAACAAAUGAGACAACAACUCCCAACUUUCCUCCAACAAGUGAGCCCUCCCCAGGACAUCUGUGACUGGAGAAUGGUCACACAGGAAGGCAACUCAGACCUCAGCCACAAGAAGAAGCAGGCUGCCAAGAAGCCCUCUUCCUGUGGCUGCCAGAAUGGCUGCACAGCCUACGGCUGCCCAACAUGGCCCCACUAG